GUUCAAUAAAAGCUGCGAUGUUCAAAUAAACUGUGCUGUUAUCGUUCGGAAUUUUGAUUUCACAUCUGAAACGAUGCCAGGCGAUAAGAAUGGUCACCCAGGUGAAGAACCACGUUUUGAGGAUCUUAUAAAGUUUUCUGGGGCAAAAACUUGCGUGGAUUCUGAGGACACGAUAAAGGAAAAUGCGGCGUCUCUGAUACUGACGAAAGUCGGCUCGAAAAAACAUUCAUCAAGUCACCUCAAAUGCUAUGGAACAUAUUUGACAUUUUAUCCUGAGGUCUCAGAGAGUGGUGUGAAGAUGAGUGGGCAUCUACUAUUGCGAGAAAUUCGUGGGUUCUACGUCUCACAAAAGCAUCCGAAGUCACUUGUGAUUUUAUUCCAACAUAGUGGAUCAGAUGAUGUCACCAUGUAUGGGGUAGUUAUGAGUUCUUCUGAAAAAGCUAGGAAGCUGACAAUGUUACUCUCAGAGCCAAAUCCACCAGAAGCUAGAGAUAGGGAGCCAAAUCAUAGAAAAAUGAAGUCAGUUACAAUAGGUCCGAAAGCACAUAAUUCCCUAGCGAUUCCUCCGACAGAUCUGAAGGAUCCACAAGAAGUCCAGGAGUGUCCAAAGGGCCUGCCACCGCCAGGUAACAGAUUUCGCUCAGAGUACACAGUGAACAAAAGUGGCUCACCGCCAAAGAAAAACCAUUAUUCUGCUAUUAGUCCAACUAUAAAUCUCAAUGGACGUUUAAGUCAUGAAAACUACCCCGCUAAAAUUGGAAAACAUAGAAAUGUACAGCCAAAAGUUGAUGGUCGUUUGAAUACACAAAGAAUUGGCUACGAUCAUCAUUCACAAAUCAGACAUGAGCUGUCUAAAUCUAAUAGAGAUAUUCCUUCAAAAACACCUAAUCAUGUUUCCUUUCAAGUGCCAGUGAGGAAUACUGCCGCAUUUUCAGGUGAUAGAUACCACUCGCCAUAUGGUAGUCCCUUUACUACGUUAUCCUCGGACAGGUUUGACGAAGAUGGUUGUGAUACUCCUUUCCCUUAUGAUCCGAAUGAAAAUAUUGAAGAGUUUUCUAUUGGGUAUUAUAACAACGAAUAUGAUUCUAAACUGUACGAGUCUGAUGUGCUUCAUAGUAAUGCAGAUUUAAAAACUCCAGCAGAAAAUCCAUGGGUGGAAAAUAUAACAUACAUAAGCAACAGUAAAAAUGGCACGGCGUCUGUUACAUCUAAUGGACCUGUUUACUUAUACGUGGCUCAACAAGUUAAUCCAAGAAUUGAGGCAUUUCAUUAACUAAAUCGAAUAUAAAUAAUUCACACCAUAUGUGGAAUACUAGAAUGAGCACGCUUUGAAAAUUGAAUUAAAAAUACACCAGAUGUCUUUAUCCUUACCCUCAUUACUAUCAGUAUCAUUUUGUAUAUAUUAUAAAAAAAUAUAGAUAAUUUGCAAAACAAUCUCCUAGCUGUUAUUUUCUAUCUUAUUUUUUUUUGAAACUGAAACCUUGUUUCCUCAUUAGCAA